UUGCGGAAGUGAAAAGUCUACGUGGGGAAGAAAGGUUGGUCUGACCGCGUUUGAACACUGUAUACACCAGCGGCACCGAUGUCCAAUCCAGGUUAGCUCCGUCCCCCGUCGAACCAGUCUUCCUCCCCGACCCCUCCUCCCCCCCCGUUGGGCAAAUGGACGCGUUGAGCGGCGAUCGGGGCGUAUAAAUGGGACGGAGAGCCGACGACAGGCGGUAAUGCUGCGCCGGGUGCGGCAGUCUCUCCGGCAGGUGCUGUUUCUGAUGGCCCGGAGACCGGACCUUCUCUGCGGAGCUAUCGUGCUCGGCGUCCUGCUCGUACUGGCUGUCAAGUUCACAUGCAGCCGUGCUAAGAAUGUGGUGGUACCAGCUCGGCCUCCGGUGCGGUUCUUCGCUGCUGAUGCCCCAGUAGUGGACCUUUACUUGGGUCAGCUGGACCAGGUGGAGCGUCUCAGGAGUGUGGCCGAAGUGUCUCUUAUUUUCUUCUAUGCACCGUGGUGUGCUCACUCUAUGGCUGCCCGGCAAGAAGUGCAACAGGUGGCUAAGAAGCUGGCCAAACAGGUGCAGUUUGUGGCUGUUAACUGCUGGUGGAGUCAGGGGAAAUGCAGGAGGUUAAACCGCUUCUAUCAGUACCCCGUCAUCCAUCUGUUUUAUAGGAGGUUUGGACCAAUAGAGUACAAAGGUCCAUUUGUGGCUCCAUAUGUGGAAAGUUUCAUCCUCAGAGUCAUCACACCACUGACUUACCUCCCAUCAAGAGCACAGCUUGAGGAGUUCCUCUCUUAUCACGAGUCUCGAGUGGUGGGCUUCUUCCAGUUUCACUCUUCUCCUCAGCCUCCUGGGUACAUGACAUAUCUGUCCUCUGCCCUGCAGGCCCUUAAAAGGGAUUUCCGUGGUGUUGUGCGUUUUGGGGUUGUGACCAACAAGCAGGUGGCAGAGGCCAUCUCACUAAGAGAAGAUGAAACCGUUUACCUCCACAGAAGAUUUAAUUCUUCUUUGAUUUUCCCUAGAAGAGAACGUAACUUCACAUCAGAGGCCAUCUGUAGUUGGGUGUUUGAACACCAUGAGACCAUCCUCCAGUGGCUGCAGCCUCCAGGAACAAAGUCUCGCCUGCUGGAACAGGAGCUGACUAAAGGCCCUGCACUGCUGCUAUUCCUGCCACACAAUCCGCUGGGCUCCAAGCCGAGUUCUCUACUACAGCAGGUUGCAGACAUUGCUGUGCGUUAUCAUUCCUGUGACAACAGUAAGCACUGGACCUUGGAUGGUUUCACUUCCCGCUCACUGUGCUGCCAGUCAGUUGCUCUCCCGGAGUCGAGCACAAGUGUGUGUGAGGUGUGCCUCAGCUCAUCACGGCCGAGCCUCGCCGCCUCGUCUGUUCGCUGCUCGUUCCCUUCCACGUCUCAGGGCAGAGACGUGUUGCAGAAUUAUCUCAGACACUGCUGCCUCCACCAACUACUUCCCCCCAUCUCCAUAGAUACUGCAACCUCAAUGGGCUGUAGCAAUUUUCUGAACAGCUACAGCCCGUUUAGUCAAUACAGUGCCUGCUGCAGAAAAAUAGAACCUCAACUCAACGAAUCACAAGCCAAAGAGGAGCCAGAAAUGCAAAGAGUUCCCCUAACGCCUCCUUCUACUCCGAUCCCUCUGUCUGCUGCCUCUGAGCAGGAGGGAGACGGCAUCACAGGACUCUGGUGUCAGACCAACAGGACACUCAGGUUUUAUGUGCUGGACGUUGCUCUGAACUGGCCUCUGGCUGUGAGGCUCGGAGCAUCAGGAACCACAAAUGCUUCUCUUCACCAGGAUGCUCAUCCACAAGGUGAUGGCUCAUUUGCAGCUAUUGUGAACCUGAAGGAUGAGGUUCAUUACGUUCUCCACCGCAGCCCAGCAGCCACGCUGACAGAGUCUCUGGAGGCCUUCAUCAGGAACUUCAGUGCUCCAUACAGCGUCUUGCAGAGACACUUGGUUGGAGACGAGGACAGGAGGGGAGCUGAGCAGGAGGCCAAGCGUCCAGCUGAACACCAGCACUCACCUCCAGGCCUCCUCAUCACAGAACUGACCACCUCCACCUUCCUGCCGUCCGUCAUGGACAUCCACAAGGAUGUGCUGCUGUUUUACUACACUCAGUGGUGUGGAUUCUGCUCCGUUCUCAACCACAUCAUCAUCCAGCUGGCCAGAUUAUUACAGGGAAACAGCACUAUCACUGUGGCCAGGGUGAAUGUUGCACGUAAUGACCUUCCCUGGGAGUUCAUGGUGGAUCAUGUUCCCUCAGUUCUUCUCUUUCCCAAAUACAGAAAACAUCUUAGCGUGAAGUUUCCUGACGACCUUCCCAUCACGUUACCAAACCUCCUUCGCUUCAUCCUGCAGCAUUCCGGCUCGCUGCAUUAUACAGACAAACCAUCUGUCGAGGCUGAGAGUCCAGGACUCAGCGCCGUCCUCCGUGCAGAGUUUCUGACCCUCCAGCGUGAAGUCCAAGCACUGCAUCGCGCCCGUGAACUUCUCUCCCAACAGCUGUCGCAGCUCUGGCGCGACAAUCGACAACUGACAUUUGACGCUCGCAGCUUGGAAGCAGAGAACGCAGAGCUGCAGCGAGAGCGGCGGAGUUUAGAGGAGCAGCACCGGGAGAAAAGCCGGCAGCUCGAGGAGGCGGUGGGGCGGCUGCAGGAGCUGGCAGACGCUUCUGAAAACCUGCUGAAUGAGAACACACUGCUCAGGGUCCUGCUGAGGGCGCUGAAGGACAGGACAGAGGCUAGAGAGCAAGCCGAGGUGGAGAGAAAAGAGGCAGAACUGAAAAGAAGCCAUAUGGCCUCCUGAGCACAAGUCUGCAGGGAAUCCUGAGAAAGACGCAUAGAGAGGAGGAGAGAGGAAACUGGGCCAGGAAAUGAAGGAAGAACUGAAGUGGAAGAGGUAAAAACCUGUGGUUAGACCUGAGAUGUGGUGAAACAGGAGGAAAAUGAAGCUGCAAUGAGGUGAUGGUGUAAAACCCAAAGGGUAACAACCCAGUAAAUUUCCUCAUGAGAGGAAAUGAGGAUGACGGCAGAUAAUGUGCCGUAAAACCCUGCUGCUCAAUCAGGACUGUAAGGAAGGAAACACGGUGAAUAUGCAGCGACGAGAAACUGCUAAGGCAGAAUACUCCAAAGUGCUGUGAUGAUGUGAGCUUAUUCAAUCUUAGAAACACACUAGUUUUGGAAUUUCGUACUAAGUGUCAAAUUUAAACUUCUCAGCUCGGAUGCUUUGCUUGCAAAGAUUUAAUAUUUGUUUAAGUGUGAAGAAAUAACCUGAGAAAACCAACUACAUGAACCCUGCAGCCAAAUUAUGCUUAUUUACUGUAAACCUUUAUUUAAAAGAUAGUGUGUUAUAAAUACAUCUGAGUCCUGAGGCACAAACUAAUAACGGCUGGAUUAUAGAACCACCUGUAGCCCACAACAGUGGAUCACAUGGUCAGUAUAAUGUCCAUUCGUAGAGCACUGAUUUGAUUAGUACAAUGACAGUUUAUUUAUACUCACUGCUCUCAGUUUAAUAAAUUCCAGCCACACUCCUAAUUAUGUUAUUCCAUCUCAAAUCAUCAGAGGCCUUCUGCUCCACCAGCUGAUUUGCUUUUUACUGUUUGUUGUCAUAAACUAUGGACAGUUAAAAAAAAGUAUGUGUGAAAUAUGUGAUAUUUUAAACACUUUCCAAGAUCUGCUUGUCCAGUAUUGCAGAUUGUGAAUCAAUGGCAUGAUAAGGAAGUGAAGUCAGGCCUUUUCCGUUAUUAGAGAUACUAGUAUUCAAACAGCCACAAGUUUCAAAGUGUGAAAAAAACAUGCUGAAAGUGAGUCUACAAGCAAUUUGUCCUGUAAAGUAUUUGAUAUAUGAAGGUACAUUUUCACAGAUAUCUUUUUAAAUGUUAAUAUUUUAUGCUAUCAAAAUUUCUGGCAAACCUGAGAUUGUCAAGCAGAAAUUGUUCUGAAAUUCUGAGGAUUUUAGAUGGAAUGAAUAAUAUGAAAACAUAUGAAUCGUGGAAGAAAGGCCACAGUACUUCAUGUUAUCUUUGCUUAAAAGAAAAGACAAAAUGGAACGCCUGGAGUGUCAGUACUGGUGGAACAAGUGCUGAUGAAAUGGAUAUUAUAUCAUCAGUAUUGGAACAUGGAGGGUGAUUUGCAGGAACUUUGGAAGAAGAGAAAUCAGAAGUAAACACCUGGUUUUCUCUGCACCGGAGAGAAUUCACAGUUUACACUCUAAUAAUGGAGAGAUGGGUGCAUGGUGAUCUGUUUUUUGUUUUGGUUUUUUGGUAGCGGUUUGUUCUACAGGUUUAUUUUACUAACUUUAUGGAAACUUCUGCCAUAGUUUUCUAGAAAAAUGUGGUAUUUUGCUGAUUUUAAUGCAUUAUCCAUACACUUUGUGAUUGGCAACAUUUAGCUGCAUAUUAGUUAUAUUUUUACAUUUUUACAUUGGAAAAUCUCAUAGUUAUUAAAAUUUCAUACACAGCAGUUCUACGUAAAAACAUGUCAAUCUAACGUGGUGGACACUGACGUCAGUUUGUUCACUGUUCUCCACAUUAACUGUAAUGAACAACUGUAGCACCUGACACUUUCUCCAUACCAAUCUGUAAUUGCCUCCCUCUUAAUAUCUCCUAAUAUCUGCAGAAAUUAUGAGUAAGGAGUCCACAGUGUUAGCUGUGGAACCUAAAUCUCUGCUUUUAAAUAAAGUGUUGUACUAGUGCUGUAGGAUUUGGCUGCAGGGACGGAGGGCUACUAAUGAAGCUGAGAAGUUAUUUAAUAGUGAGCGUGACAAAUGCUCGUUUGACCUUAAGCACUUGAAAUAAUCAACAAGAUUUUUUUGUUUGUUUUGAAGGGGAAAUAGUUGUUUUGUUAAACUGAUCUAUUUUUACAGGAAUCAUUGAGUCACUAAAAUAUUUCUAUGUAACUCUUCAGGUAUUAAGAAUGAGAUGCUGCAAUUGUUUACAUGUGAAAUAUUGCACCGGUUUUUACUGAUUAAAAGUCUUUCAUCUUAA